AUAACAUAUUUUUAUGAUCGAUAAAACUUUAAGAUAUACAACAGGAAGUAUGUUUUCAAACGAUAUUCUGUGAUAUUAUAUGGUUGUUCAGAACCGGACCCCGAUGAUAUGACAGAGACCCAGAGACACUGACAGCCCGGAAACAAUACCUUCGAAAUUUGUGUUUGUUCAGGAGUAAGCGGCAUCUAGAGAAAUGAAGCAAAAUCAAAACAUGUGUAUCAUUGGAAAUGAUAUUCUACUUAUUCCUUACAAAGCUAAGCAUGUACCGAAAUAUCAUGACUGGAUGAAAAGUGAAGAAUUACAGAAGUUGACUGCAUCUGAGCCACUCACUCUUGAGGAAGAAUAUUCCAUGCAACAAGCCUGGGCUGAGGACGCUGACAAAUGUACGUUUAUAAUCCUAUCCAAAGAGGACUACAAUGUGAUACAUGACGAGGCUUCAAUUGAAGAAGAGGCAAUGGCUGGAGAUGUCAAUAUCUUCUUCAAUGACCCAGAUGAAAAAUCCUCUGCAGAGCUAGAAAUCAUGAUAGCAGAAAAGAGAUACAGAAAAAAAGGUUUAGGGAAGGAGGCUUUGUUGGCAAUGAUGAAAUAUGGUAUUGAUGAGCUGAAUGUUUCUGUGUAUACUGUUAAGAUAGGCUUUGACAACAACAUAAGCUUGAACAUGUUCACCAAACUCGGCUUCUCAGAGGUAUCCAAGAGUGAGGUGUUCAAGGAAGUGACAUUACAAUUAGAUAUAAAUGAGGACUUUUUAAAAUAUCUUGAUGCAAAAACGGAACAUUUAAAAAUAGUAGAAUACCCAACUGAACAUUGAAAGGUGGGGGCGAAGGGUGGGAAGCAGACCUCCUCCUUAUGAAAAGACCUUAUCUUAAGGGUUAUACAAACAUCCAUUUCAAAUUAAUCCCUGAAUGGUUGGCAAGAUUGAUACAGUAAAAAGCUUCAAGUUCUCAUAUUUCUCAAUGACUUGAUAUGAUAUAGCGUAGUAUGGACUAACUUAUUCUAGCUGCAAUGAUCAGGUCAAGCCACAUACAAAAUCAAGCUGUAUUUUUUCAAAUUGAUAUAUUUAUUAUAUCUACAAAUGUCAUUUAUUCCAUGCAUAUUUUUAUUUUAUGUAAUAUAGUGUUAUAAUAUACAAUAUUUAAUACAAUGUGUUGUAUAUUAUAUGUUGAA